AUGGCCACUCCUGCAGGAAACAUCCUUCGCUGGUCCUUCCUCGGCUUCGGCGUUCUCUACGGCUUCCAGCACCAGCGAACCCUCUACAAACAGGAAGCCGACCACAAUGCAAAGCAGGAGUGGGAUCGCAAGGAGAAAUUAAUACAGCAAGCUAAGGUAGAAUACAAGAAGAGCUUGUUGCCACCUGAUCAGAGGAAUACUGUCAUCAGCAAUCCCGAUGACCCGAAAUUCGACCUCGAAGCUUACUUGGUAAACCUCGCUGCUAGCGAUGCCAAAGCAAAGGCUUAA